CCCAAGACCUGUUAUUUUCAGCUUUCGAGCAGUACCGAUCCUAAGUUCUUACUACCAUGCCUGCUUCAUGAUGGCAGCGACAUCACAAACUCACAAUGACGCGAACUCCGAUACGCCAGGAAGAAUGGGAUCAAUACAAAUCAAUUAUCAAGGAGCUUUACCUACAUCGGGAUUUGAAGAUGAGAGAAGUUAUAAACAUCAUGGCCAGAGAGCACGGAUUUGAGAUGUCGAAACGCCAAUUUGAAUCCAAAGUGAUUAGUGAAUGGAGAUUAACCAAGAAUAUCAACGCAAGUGAUAGGCAUGCCAUGUCAAGGAUUAGAGACAGACGCCGCAAAGUCGAUGGAAAGGACACUGUAUUUAUAAUUCGAGGACGGGCCAUAUCCCGGCAAAAGAUACAGCGGUUGGAUCGAGGGCUGCCUUUGGUACCUCUGGGAAACGAACUUCAGGCCAACCCCGAUUCCAUGGAUGUCAGAACACCCUCGGACGUGGAGUACCAUACACCAGAGGGGUCUCCUUGCAUCAGAACAAGCCAAGAACCAUCAGAGGUCAACUUUUCGAACAGUAUAUUCGACUUUGAGUCGUUUGUAAGCCCUAUGGAUUCGGACAAUAUCCAGCAAGAACCUGUGGUUCAUUCUGGAAUCGACAACAGCAACACGAGCCUUUCAGGCACCAUGAGCACCAUGAGCACCUGCUCUACUUUCGACGCGCGGGUUACACCUGAGCACCCAUAUAAGUACCCAAAGGAAUAUUCAGCUAAUAGUGUAUUAACACAGGAGAAAGAACCUUCCAGAACCCUGGUGCAAUCACUUGAGGAUCCUGGGAGAUUGGAAACUCUUAACACAGAUCAAAGGCCUCAGGGUCGCGAAAUCUCAAGGACUACCUGCAUAUACAAGCAGAGUAAAGUGUUGGGUUCAAGGGGAGGAUAUGCCUGCCCAUUUAGACAACGAAAUAGGCUACGUUUUAACGUGCGAACAUAUAAGGAUUGUGCCUUGCAAGAGUGGCCUACCCUUUUAUCGCUCAAGUACGUCAGCAAGCCUAUUUAGAAGCUAUCCGGAAUUGACCCACCUAGAAGGCGACAUAUCAAAAGCUGUCAUACGCAGCCGAUUGGCAGUAACCAGCAAGCUCAUAUCUGCGUGAGGUGC